CGUGUAAGGCUGCAUCUACAAUACGUUAGUUUUCUUUUAUGUAAGCAACAUACUAUCCUAGUCAAGACAUUUCAGACCUCUGUAAGAAUUGCUACAAUCCCCUGUACUUUCAGUUCAGUGACUCAAUUUCAUUUCAACCACCGGAAACCCAAGUUUUUUAAGCAGAAGGUUUGUAGCAGCAGAGAAAGAGGAAUCGAGCAGAACAGAGGGAGGAGAGCUGAGGCUAAGAAGGUUCCUCUUGCUCAGCCUGUCAGGGCCUAAGGUCCAGCCUGGGUGGGUGGGGUGUGUGGGGAAGGGGGUGCAUGGAGGACGACAUCUGGCUUCCCUUCCUGUAGAGAAGUCCUAGGGCUGGGCAGCGUAUCCUGGGGACAGGCUCACCAUGGAAGAUGGUGUCAAGGGAAGCAGCGUUUCUCCCCAGGAAUCUAAAGUGAUCCACAAGGCUGGCUGGCUGAAGAAAAGCAGUGGGCUGCUGGGUCUGUGGAAAGAUCGCUACAUCCAGAUUCUGCAAACUCAGCUCCUGGUUUUAGACAAUGAGGAUGAGCAGAAGUGUCUAGAGACAUUGGAGCUUGCCAGUUAUGAACGGUGCCAAGACCAAAGAACCUUCCUGAAACGAAAAAAACAUUUUAAUUUGAUGCCAUUGCAAGGAACUAAGGUGCAAGAUGUGAAAUUCCAAGCUAAGAAUACAGAAGAAAGAGAUGUAUGGAUCCAGGCUCUGAAUGAAGGAAUUAACAGAGGCAAAAACAAAGUUUUUGAUGAGGUCAAGGUAGACCCCAAAUGUUCUCUAGAACAUGUUACUCGGGAUCGUGUUAAGGUUGGAGCUGCAAAGAGAAGACCUCCCACUAGAAUCCACCUCAAAGAGGUGGCAGAUGCGGCUGCUGAUGAUUCCAUAAGAUUAGGCCUGGAAGCUUUGGACACUGAAAUUUUAACAGUAGUUCCACCUAUUCCUAAAGAACAUGUUGAGGAAGCUAAACCCCGGAAGGAACCAGUUAAGAUCCCAAAGCCACCCACAAAGCAAAACAAUCUUCGAACAACAGAACCUUCCAUAUCUGAAACAGAUAGUAAUGUUCAAGCACCUCAUGUGCCAGCUCCUCCACCCAAAAUCUUAAAAGAAAAUAUUUAUGCUCGUGAAAAACUUCUCUCUGAAAAUGCAGAGGCAAAUAUGGAAAAUAAGUCAGAACAUGAAGCUCCUACUAGUACGAGUGAAGAAAAUGUAAGUAACGUAGUAAGUUCUCCACCAAAACCCCCACCAAAAAUUUUGUCAGACAGGAUGAAGAUUAAAUGGGAAGGGGCAUCCUCAGAUUUGGUGGAAAAAGAGAUCCUAUCAGUUAAGAAAGAAAGCAAAGAGAACCUGGUAGACUUUGACAAUCCAGAAAAAACAAGUACUCCCCAAAUUAUAAUAUCUAAUGAUAUAGAAAUAGAGGAGAAGAAAGACAGUACAAACAGCCUACAAGAGAAAAAUGAAAUCAAAUCAAAUAAUGCGGAUGAUGACCAAAAUGAUACAGGAGAUAGUUAUAUGGAGAGUUAUAUGUCUAUAGAAAGGACAACUGAAGACACAGAGGAACAAGAAAAAGACAUUCUUGAUGAGAACGAAAUGACAAAUAAUACUCAAAAAUCAUUAACCGAUGUUCUCUUGGAUGACACAAAUAUGUCUCCCAGAUUACUGAGCAAAAGUGAAGACUAUCAAAAGCCAACAGUAAGGCAUUCCAUUGAUAAAAAACAUAAGGCAUCUUCCAUGGGAGACCUCUUGUCUGAUAGUAAUAUAGACUUUGAAAGUAAAGAGGAUGGCUCUGCCUUACAGCUAACCAAGGACCGUUUAAACAGAGUGGAAAUGAAGCUGGCAUGUGGCAGACAGAGAACAGAAACUCUCUUAAACCAGGUUUUAAAUGGGCAACGUGGAACAACAGAAGAGGGCAAUGGGCUAAAUGUUAAUUCUGCAAGACUUCUAAAUAAGGUGAUGAGAGACCUUCAAGAAGCUUCUGAUGCAUUGAUGGAGAUCAAGGGACCCAAAAAUGCAACACAAGAGGGAGUGACUGAUAAGCAAAAAGAGAAGCAGAAGGAAUUACUUGCACUCCAAAGGAGAACUGUUCAUUUUUAGUACUUGGAAAGCAGAAAUACUUGUAGAUAGUAUACAGCACAAAUCGCUUCAGCACUUUAUAUAUAAUCAGCCUCUGUUUGCACCUUGAGGACUACACAAGUAAAUACUCCCAGGGUCUCAACAGCAACUAAUUGAUAUAAAAUUGAUCUGUCCUUGUUGCUCUUCUAAAUAUCUUAUUUAUAUAAAGUCCCAAAAGUUUCACAGCAUUCAUCUUGACAAACUGACUUUGUACCUAGAGAGAAUAUAUCAAAAGCUCUAAGCAUUUAAUUAGGAUUCUGAAAACUGAAAAAUUUGUUACAUACAAUUACAACAUUAGUUUAAGGCUCUGUUCACACUUGGUCAUGAUUUCCGGUUUCACAGGAGUCAUGACAAAUAUGAUGGAUCCAUUAUUGGAGAGGUUCCCAAAUGGCAGACCUCCACUG